CUUAAAAGUCAUAAUCCAGAUUUAUAAAACUAUUAAACAAAAUAUAAAAUUUAAACUUCAAAAGUAAUAAAUAAUGGAAAAUCACCAAAACUCUAAAUGUAGAGUAUCAUAAAUCAAAAAUGUUAUGCUUUUUAUUGGCUUGAAUUUUAGACUAGUACGCGUUAUUUUGCUAGGUUUUAUAUACUUUAGUUUCUCUGACUGCGAGAUUGCGACAGCCGACGGGCUUGACAAAAGCAAGACAACAAGAUCAACCGAUACUAACUUUUUGGGGGUUUAUUGAAGGGUUUCUUAUACAAUAAUGGAUAGGAUCAGUCCAUUGCCAGAUGAUUUGAUCUUGAAGAUAUUGUCAUUCCCUCCAACGAAAGUUGCUAUAACCACAAGCCUUUUGUCAAAACGUUGGCGUGAUGUUUGGAAACAUGUGCCGAAGCUUGAGUAUUUUGCUCCACGAGCUUCCACUUUCAUUCAAAACUUUUUGAUAUUACACAAGGCUCCUGUCCUAAAAACCAUGCAUGUCGAACUUGCCCAAAAUCAUCGUCCUACAGAUAUUGAAAUCUGGCUUAGAGUUGCAGUUGAACGUGGUGUGCGCAAACUUCGUUUUCACAAUAAUCCAUUCGGUCCAAAGGAGGCCAUACGGUUGCCUGGGAGUCUGUAUACAUGUCAAACCCUUGUGAGUUUAACCCUACUCUAUACUUUCAUUGUGGAUGUUCCUUUGACAAUUUGUUUCCCGUCACUCAAGACUUUGAGGCUUAGAGCACCUGCAAUGGUACGCGUGGAAUUUUCAAACGAUGAAAUAGUUCCUAGGAUUCUAUCUGGUUGCCCUGUCCUUGAAGGCCUAGCUAUAACUAGAGUAAACAAUGGAAACAUGAAAACCUUCACAAUCAUGGUUCCUUCAUUGCUGAGAUUAACAGUUUUGGACUUGAAAUCUGGUUCUCAAGUUCCAGGAGAUGAUAUUGGGUUAAUGAUCGCAGCUCCUUCUUUAACGUCGCUAACUGUUUUUAGCCAAGUAAGUUGUUCACUAGUGAAUAUGCCAUGCCUCGUGAAGGCUUACAUCAAGCUUUCUUCACCUGGUGAUUCUAAGAAGCUUCUACAAUUUCUUACCUCAGCUGAACACCUUUCCUUAUGUGCAAUACCAUCAACGUUUUCAUAUCCUAUUGGCGUCUUCUAUCAUCUCGUGUCUCUAGUACUAUGUACAUGCUGUUCAGUUUGGUUCUGUCUUAUACUCAGACAAACCCCUAAACUCAGAGUUCUCAGAUUCCGACCAAUUGAGAGAUGUUUCGAUUAUGUCCAGAUUCAAUGGGAGCAAACAAGUUCUGUUCCUCAAUGUUUGAUCUCGAGUCUGAAAACUGUUGAGUGGAUUGAUUACCAAGGAAGAGAAUCAGAGAAAAAAACGGUGAUGUAUUUGCUAAAGAACUCUGGACAGCUAAAGAAGAUGGCUAUUAAAGCCUUACCAUCAACCAAUUUGGGAGAUAGAUACAAGAUGCUGCAAGAGCUGUCGUCUACGCAGAGGAGUUCUAAACAAUGUCAGUUUUUCUUCACCUGAAGUUUUGUCGGAUCUCAGAGAUAUAUAACUAUAUACAUAUAUAUUAAUUUUAAUUCCUGGAGCGUCAUUAGUAGUUAACAUAUUGAAGAUAUUGGUUUUUACUGAAUUUGGUUUUAAGGAUUUGGCUGGAAAUAUACAUUUGGUUUUAAGCUCACCGAGAUGUACCACUAGAGUGGAAACUUGCAUAUCUCCUGUGUCGUUUCUUUCGUUUCCUGCACACAAAACCAUACGAACAUCAUGCAAUCGAUCGCAAAAUAUAGCUACAGAUCAUCUUUCAAAAAAAAAAAAGGUAUAUAUAUAGCUAUACUGCUACAGAUCAAAACCUAAUAUCUGACAUAGGUAAAAUUUAUAAAUUGUACUCUCUUGAUCAGAUAUUAGACUGCACAAAU